AUGGGCGGAGCCGACUCUGGCGUGUCUGCCGAUCGGACUUCGACCCCGGGCGACGAGAGAGCGGGUCUAAAGAGGAGAGUCGACCAGAUUCUCGUUGCCGACGCCCCUCGGAGUCUCCUCGGAAGCCCUCGCUUCGGUUGUCCUCGACAUUCGUUCCGUCUGCACUUUUCGGCAUCGCCUCUCUUGGCUACGGUAGCUCUGUUUAGGACUGUUAGGGAAUUUCUUGGGUGGUAAUAGGGCCGCAGAUCGUUUUGAACCUAGACUCCUAAGAAGAGACACUCCUUGGUGGUGCCGAUCAUCUACGAAAGUUCUGGUUCCUAUGUUCUUAGAUGUCUUCGUUUUGAAGCUUUAAAGGUGUUGUUAUUUUUAAGAGCUCGUUUUUCCCUCUGGACUUCUAAGUUACGAUUUUGUUCUUUAGGACUGAGGCUUGCUAGCUUUCUGGCUGCGAUUUCAACCGCCAGAUUUUAGACUUGUCUUUCCAAAUAUUCUUUUUUAAAGUCUCACUUUCAUUUUCUCGAAGGUUUUUGUAUUUGUUUGACAUUUAAAUAUCUCUUCGGUCAGAUCUUUCAAAAAGCCAUACCAAAUCUGAAGUUGUAGAUUUCUUUCUCUAAACUUUUCAAACAGCAUUAUUGCCAUUAAGAUUUUUUUAUUUUUUUAUUUUUAUAAUUUUCAGUAGCACAUUUUUUUGGAAAUGUUUCAGGGAUACUCAAAUCUUAGCUCAACCUCCUUCAGUUUUUCCGAGUGAAGAUAUAGACUCCCAAAACUUAAAUUUUUUUAUCAGAUUUUUUUGAUCCAUUUCGCUCUAAUUUUUUUGAUUUCUAAAAUAUUUAUUCUCCUCAAAGCUUGUUUACAUGGAAGUACCGUAUCUGUUGGCUAGAUAAAAAAACUCGACGCGUUCCUGUUUUUUUGAUUAUUUCCUUCUUACGGAGGAAAGAGAAGAAAGAUUCGAUUAUAAAAUAGUCUUCACUUCGUGGGAAAGUGAAAAACUUCUUCUCACUUUUAAAUCGAUCCAGUAUUGAAAUCUUUUUCGAAAAAUGAGAUAUUGUUUGGAAGGAAACGAAAAGAAGUUGACGUUCUUUUUCUUCUUGAAAAUUUUCCGCGUGAAGCCACGUAUACUUCUACAUUCAAUGAUUUUAUCACUUCCUUUUCCCAUUUUUUUCAUUUUUCCAGAAUUCUAGUUUUUUGUGUUUAAGUGUUUCUAUUUCUGAAAAAAGUGAGCUCCAGUUAUUUCAGAUGACAAAAGUUUCCACACACGGGCAUCGGCUCGUCAACCGAGGCUUUUCCAGGAACGUGAAAAAGUUCAAGGUUGGUUUUGAGGGUCAAAAACUCAGUUAAGAACGAUUCGAAGACGUUGGAGUUAUUGAAACGAUUUUUAGGCGAUUUUAAAGCAUCUAGGAAUGCUAGUGGGUUUUGGUGGUUUUUGAACUCAGAAGAUGAAAAUAGAAAGUCUGGAGCUUGAAAAAUUUUUUGAAUUUUCAUAGUUGAAACUCAGAAAAAAAAAUCAAGUUUUGGAGCUUGGAGAACGAAGAAAGAUCAUUUUAAGACCUGUAGGAUUUCAGUGAGUCUUGGUAAAUCUUUGAAAAGUUUUAAUAUCUAAAAAGUCAACCUAAUGCACGAAAACGUUGAAAUUGGAACUGGAGAGCUUCUGAAAUAUUUUCCAUCUUUAAAAAUCACUCGAAGCUCUAACUUUUCCAGAGAGUCUUCGAAAACGCUCUUUUCCCACUGAGAGUCAACGAGUUUCUCUACGGCCUGGCCAUUUGGCUGGCCCUGGAUUUUUUGUCUUUGCCGGUUCUUUCCGGAUGGGUUGAGACCGUGAAGAGCGUUGUUGGGUAAGUGAAAAUCCAAAUUGUGUCUGAAUUUCAUGUAUUUCUUCAGGGAAAAUGUCGUUUCCCACAUCCUUUCCGUGCUGACCAUCGCCACGACGGCUGUUCUGAUUACUGUGACUUUGUUCCGAAUCACCUUGACCAUGAUGCUUUACUACAAUGGCUGGCUUUUCGAGGAAAUUGGCCGUCCGCCAAGCCUUCCCACCAAGAUCUUCAUGGUACGUUUGAGCUUGAAAAAUGAUAAUGUCUAUUGAAAACUCAAUAAAGUGCUUUGAACAAGAAAAACUGAAUUCAAAUUGUCUUUAGUCAGAAACCUGAAUUUCCAACCAAUCAUUACCUCAAUAGCUUCCCUGUUUGGUAUAAGUUGUUUUGAAGUUCAUUAGACCUUUGUAAAAGCUUCUUGAAAUUUUUUGAAGUUUUUUUAAAGGUGUCCAAAAAUCCGUUCGAGAUGCAGAGACUGAAUAUCGAAGCGAAUUGACUUUUUAAUCCAAGAUAAUCUUUCAUGAAGCCUCAGAACGCUAUCGAAGAAGUAAUUUUCUGUUUGAUCGAAAAAGACCCAGUUUUCAACUUGAAUGUAUUAGUAGACGUUUAUAAGCUUUUUCAAAUUUUUCAAAAAACUCAAGACCUUUCAGGUCAUCCUAACACUUCUGUCGAAACGAGCCAAGUUCUUCUCCUUCCAAGGAAUGAUGCCGUGGAUGAUGCCCCCAAAAGUCUCCACCACGGUCAGCAAGGUACUUGCUUCAAAAAAGUAUUAUUUAACGGUAAUCCUUGAUCUCCAGUAUCUGGAAACGGUCCGGCCAAUCCUGGACGACGAAAAGUACGAGGAGAUGGUCCUUCAAGCCAAAGAGUUCGAAUCCACGGUGGCCAGCGGACUUCAGACCAAGCUCUGGAUGAAGUGGUUCAUGUCGAGAAAUUAUGUUCGUUUUUUCUUUUCUGAUCUUCUCUACCCUCCAGAGAGAGAGAGAGUGCAGACAGUCAAAGGAAAUUAUUCUCAUUAAUUAAGGCAAUUUGAAACUUUCUCUGAGCUCUCUUCAGAGAUAUUGAGGGGAUACAGGCGACUAACGAAUUAUCGAUCGAAACCCAAAGCUUUUCAGCUCUCCGAUUGGUGGAAAGAGGUGGUUUACAUGAGAUACCGGGACUCGCUCAUCCGGACCAACGUCGGCUGCGCUGACGUCAUCUACCAGAAGACGACGAGCGUCCAGGCCGCCAGAGCCGCCUACGUCACUCUGCUCCGACAGCACUUCUGCCAGGAUAUCUUCACCAAGGGCACUAUGAAGCCGGUUGGUUCCUGGGACAGACAAAGUUGACCUAGUCCUCUUAAGGUAUCACUUGGCGGAAUCCCGUUGUGUGCUCAGCAGUACAUCGACUACCACAGGACUUUGCGCGUCCCCAAUGAAGUCAGCGGUCGGUUUUCCUUUAUCAGAAACUUUUAUUGAUCCGAAAUUUUAGACAAAAUGAUCCGACUGCCCGAUGCCAAGCACAUCGCCGUCUACCACAAAGGCUGCUGGUACAAGGUCAACAUUAUCCACGGAAGACGGCUCUUGCGCCCUUGCGAACUCGAACGGUAAGAGGCGGCUUUUUUUCACACUCUACAUUUCAUAGUAUCUUUUACUGAAAAUUCUACUAUCAAGACCGGAAUUCCCCAAAAAACCCUUGUUUCAGAUCCCUGCAGCUGAUCAUCGACAGCGAACACACGACUCAGCCUGGCGAAAAGUACCUCAGCUCGAUGACGUCAGGACCGAGAGACCUCUGGGCACGGAUCCGGCGUGAGAAGUUCGUCGACGGCGUCAACCACGAGUCGCUGUCGUUCAUCGAGUCGGCCCUGGAGGUCAUCUUCUUGGACGACGAGGAACGCUUUUUCGACGAGCAGGACUCGUCCAAGUAUGGACGGGAGUACGAGAGAGCUCUGACUGGCGACGGACAUCUUCUCUGGUGCGACAAGCCCAGUGUCUACUUCUUCAGCAAGAAUGGACGGGUAGGUGUUGGCUUGACGCAAAAAGGUCAAAAAACAAGCAGUUCACAAAAUUACUGAUUGGUGAAAGCAUGUGGGCAAGUAUAGAAAUUAUCUAAUCCAGAAGGAGGAGUUAACCUUGAAAAAAUGUGCGAAAAACGUUUUUCUAGGUGAUUAGUUUCUUCUACCUAAUUUCUUGUAAGAUAGUAGGAAAGCGCACAAAAAGGCUAUUGUUGCAGCUUUUUUUGAUCAUCUUUUCUCGAAAAUUGAGAGGUAGAGAAAAAAAAGAUAUGACCCAACCCAAAGUGGAAAAUAGACGAAAUCUGCCCUUCUUCAUGAUUUUUGGUUCCAGUUCUCUUCGAACGCUGAGCACUCGGUCUGCGACGCCAUGAUUUUCGUCCAAGUCCGAGAAUAUAUCAAAUAUCACGAACAGUUUGAUCAUCCCUAUGGACCUGAUGGACAUUGCAUUGGCGAUGUGAGGAGAGAUAAUAGUUUUAAAAAAUAAUUUUUUGGUCUCAAGGUCGAAGUCGUGCCGAAGCCUGAACGUCUUUGUUGGGAGUUUGAUGAUGAGGUUUUCAUUUGAUUCCUGAUGGAAAUUGCAAAUUUUCGAAUUUAGACCUUGGGAGCCAUCGAUGAAGCGUACACGUUCUCCAAGAAAGUCGCCGACGACUUCUGCAACGCCAAUUUGGUUUUUUCGGGCUAUGGCAAGGAUUUCAUGAAAAAGGCCAAAGUCUCGCCGGACGCCUACAUUCAGAUGGUCAUCCAGAUGGCUUAUUUCAAGGUGAAACUAGUUUUUAUUGUGUUCCCCAUAGCUUGGAACAUUCUUAUUUGCUUCUUUCUUUUUUGUCCAGCCAUAGCGCUGCACCCGACUUCAAACGGCUUUCCUUUCUACUCGGCUUGAGAACGCCUCCGCGCGCUAUUUAGUCUCAAUUGCAUUUCAAGACUACCGCGAUUAGUUCAGCCAUUCUUCAGUAUUUCAAAACGUAGAAAUUCAAAUAAAAUACAGGUACAGGAAGAGUUUUGAAAUUUUUCCAGGACCAAGGCAAAUUCGAACUGACUUAUGAACCGGCUGUUAUGAGGCUCUUCAAGGAUGGAAGAACGGAGACGGUCAGAUCCUGCUCCGCGAAAUCUUGCGAUUUCGUGAGAACUAUGUUGGAGAAGAAUGUUGAUGUGAGUUUUCAAAGAAAUGGGGCUGGUUACGAAAAAAAAAAUGUUCAAAAAGACCUAAUCGGCGUUGAAUUAUCCAGUUUUGCUCUGUAAAUAAUUUUUCCAAUAAUUUCCUUUGAAAAAUAUUCAACUUCAAUUAGCAAUAAUCGACUGUGAAUUUUUCGGCGGAACUAUUUCUUUAAACUGCAAAAAAAGUUAUGAAAAUCUACUUUUGAAUAAUUAUUAUAACAUAUCAAAAAUAUCGAAAAUGUGCCUGUUUUCCCUUUUUGCAUGAGAUUUCAAAAAUUUUUAGGACAAAACCAAGCUGGAAAAGCUGAAAAUCGCAUGCGACCACCACCAAGACUACUAUCGAAACGCGAUGGCUGGCAAGUAAGUGUUGCACUCUUUGGGCGAGACGCGCCUAACCGCCCUGCGCCCUCUUGCUCACACGUGGUCCUAUGGUGUAGUGGUUAUCACGUCUGCUUUACACGCAGAAGAUCGCCGGUUCGAUCCCGGCUAGGACCUACUUCUCUUUUUGCCUUUUUGCUGACUCAUUCUUCUUGCUUCAGAGGUGUGGAUCGACAUCUUUUUGCAAUGUACGUCGUCUCCAAGUACUACCAGAUUUCCUCCCCCUUUUUGGACAACGUUUUCAGUAUGAACUAUGCUUUGUCGACCAGUCAGGUACUUAAAUGUUGUGAAAAAAAAAAUUCGGGGUUUUCAGACCCCUCAACAUCAAAUGGUUGAGUAUGCGAAGGCGCUGAAUAAGGAAUCGAAUUUGUUUUGGCCAGCUGGUGGCUUCUCCUGCCCAGAUGGAUCUAAAUACGGUAUGAAAAAUAUCAAAAAGUUGUUGAACUGAACUUUUUGAGGUGUCUGUUAUACCAUUGCUACCACGGGUGAUCGCCUCAGUUUCCAUAUUACUUCUUGGAAAUCUCUUCCUAACACGGUUUCAUCAAAAAUACACUAGAUAAUUGUUAAAAUGACUUUUUUCAGGACCCCAACCGCUUUUUGAAGCACUUGACGGAAAGCCUCGCCGAAAUGAAGCAAAUGAUUGAAAAUGCGACGGCCUAA